AUGAUGAUAUUGGAAGAUGAAUCCCAAGAUCUCGACCAACACCGCCAAAUGGUCGCAUCAUCAGAAUUCAGAAUUGAAGCAGACGAGUACGAGGGAAAUCAAGACAUUCGGGAGGUGGUGUGUCGGGAAGGUGUUUGCCAUAUUGACGAAAGGGCAUUCAAACGCUGCUCCUCCUUAGAGGUAUUAUCCCUGCCUUCAACUUUGGAAACCGUCGGAAAGAAUGCGUUCUCUCUUUGUACGUCCUUGCGUUAUGUUUCAAUUCCAGAUGUCCAAGUACAUGAAAGGCAUGCACGAUUGAAGCACAUUGGAUAUGGGGCGUUUUUUGGCUGUCUUUCUUUGUAUGACAUCAGCAUUCCUUCAUCCGUGGAGACGAUAGAAGACUGUACCUUUAAUGAUUGCAAGAGCCUCGCAGAAUUGGAUCUGCAAGAUGGACUUGUAACGAUCGGGGAGCGGGCGUUUGAAGGGUGCCGAGGAUUGCAACAGGUUCACAUUCCAGCCACCGUGGAAGCGAUUAAAAUUCGUGCCUUUAAGGGUUGUAUUUCGCUGACGGAACUGACGCUGCAAGAGGGACUAAAAGAGAUUGGAGAUCGGGUUUUGGAAGACUGCAAAUCUUUGGAACGAAUCAAGAUUCCGUCCACUGUCAGUAUCCUUCACUAUUCAGUCUUUGGUCAGUGUUCAUCAUUGGUGGAUGUGACACUACAAGAUGGACUACAGACGAUUGGAUCCUGUGCAUUCAAAAGCUGUACCUCCUUGAGGCGCAUCAAGAUUCCUUCUACGGUGGGCGUGGUUGGAUAUUCUUGCUUUGCGAGAUGCACAUCCUUGCGGGAUGUGCAAAUGUCCUCUCGUCUGACGUUUCUUGGCGACUUGGCGUUUGCAUCUUGCAGGGCAUUGUGGGCUAUACAUCUUCCACGAUCCCUUGGAACGAUUGGUGCGAAAGCCUUCAAAGGGUGUUCCAACUUGAUCACUGUCGAAUUCGAAGCCGGAAUCAAUUCUAAAAUUGGCCAAUUUGUGUUUGAGGACUGUUCGUCUUUGACAAACAUUUCGAUUUCACCAGCCAUGGCUUUUUCGUUUAGGGAUAAUGGUUGUUUUGAUGGUUGCGAGAACCUACAUGAAAUCUAUGGUGAGGAGGACGAGAUUGCAAAAGCAACUGUUGACCGGUUCGCACAACAUCCCAUCCAUGAGAAGUGUUACCACGCAUCGGUCACCACCACCAACGAACUACAAGAAGCAAUCACUUUACGCUGUAAUGGUGAUGGACAUGUUCAAAAGGACGAUUAUUUUGAGGAUGCUUUUGGAAUGACGCCAUUCCAUUUGCUCUUGUCCUCGCCGACGCGCAGGAUGGAUCUGUUGCAAGUGUUGUUGUUGGAUAAUUUUCCGACCUACAUACUUGGAAGGAAAGAUGUAUUUGGAAUGCGUGCCACAGACUACUUGUUGGGAUCUUACUGGUCAGAAGACACGAAGUCUCUGAUGACAUUGGCAUUGAAGGCAUGGACAAUGGAUCGACUAGAACUUUGGGGCCACGAAGCCUGGCUUGAGGAAACUUCACAACAGUUGGAUGAACUUUUGAACGAGCAAAAUCAUCAGGGAAGGCGAGAGACGCUGGUGGGAAAUAUGUGUGCCGCCAUGGAAAGAUAUGAAAGAUUUGAAGCCGCGUCACUGCUGGAAUUGUGGCUUUGGAAAAUGAUGAUGGAGUCUACAUUGCCUCACCAUACCGAGUCGGAUCUUUCGCAUCGGCCUUUUUAUAGAAUCCAAUGCGGUGCCUCUUUCAUCGUACCAGUAGUGUUGGGAUGGUUGGACAAGAUUGCGGAGGAAGAAUGA